AUGGCUCCGAUUCUAGUCAAUGCAUUAGCGGCACUGCUCGCAGCUAGUGUUGGCUGCGCGGCCUUCGACAAGCGAACAAUUGCACUCGACGACAAGAGCUGGCAUGAAUAUGUUCGCUCUCCUAAAACUUCAAUAGUCAAGCCGAAAGCUAUUUUAGCGGCCAACACUACCGGCGACGUAUCCAACCCGGGCGGCAUGCUGGGUAGGAACCAUUCCCCGACAGUUCUGACCCGCAAACAAGAAAGCGACGAUACCCCAAGUGUCAUUGUUGAUUUCGGUCAAAAUGUCGUUGGUAUUGUGGCUAUUUCUUUUGCAGGAUCCACCAAUUCUUCUGUCGGGUAUCCUGGUCUUAAGCUGGCUUUCUCGGAGACACAGCAAUACCUGACAAACGUCAGCGACUUCACCAGAUCUGACAACAUGCCAGCUGGUUCCCAAAUCACCAGCGGAACGGAUCAGAUUGCUGUCGCCAACGAGCCGUUCACCUGGAAAGAUCAAACCGGGUGCCAAUAUGGUGACAAAGUGUGCUCGGAUGGCCUUCACGGAUUCCGAUAUGUGAGGAUAACGCUCGAAGCUCUCGAAAGUGACUCCCCCUACACACAGUCCUACGGCUCAGUCUCCAUCUCCAGCAUUGAACUAGAAUGGAGAGCAUAUCUAGGCACACCCGAUACCUUCACUGGGUGGUUCGAGUGUUCCGAUGAAGAGCUUACCCAAUGGUGGUUUGACGGUGUUUAUACUGCUGACAUGAUCAACUAUAAGUUCCUUGCCAAUGAGACUGAUCCGCGAAACUCGGCCAGCCCGACUCUACAAGGCAAGGAGGUUCUCUUUGAUGGCGCCAAGCGUGAUAGAGAUCCCUAUGUUGGAGAUCUGGCUGUGGCUUCACUGACCUCGUAUCUAUCUCAUGACGACCCUGAUUCGACACGCAAUAUCCUUGCGGAUUUGGCAAAUCACCAACGAGACGAUGGAUGGAUCCCCCCUGCCAGCAUCAAUAACUACACCCUUGACCUCUACGACUAUCCAAUGUGGUGGGUCGUUUGCACAUAUGACUUUGUCAUGUACACCGGCGAGACGGAUUUCGCUGCCCAGUACUACGACGUGAUGAAGAAGACCUUGGAUAAUUAUUACGGACAGAACAUCACUUCCACAGGCGGUCUUCUUGACAAAACCAAUGGGUAUGGCGACUACGCUUUCCUCCCUCGCUCCGGCAAGAUUACAUAUUACAACGCACUCUAUGUCCACGCCUUGAAGUCGGCUGCUCAACUUGCUAGUAUACUCGGACAUGAUGAGGAUCAGGAUGCCUGGACUGCGCGAGCUGCGAAUGUCAGUACCAACUUGCUAGCACGGAACUGGGACACCUCUGUAGGUGCCUUUUUCGAUGGAGGGCCAUGCCCAAAUGAUGCAGCAGACACCAUUUGCAACGUCCACGCCCAGGAUGGCAAUGGUCUCACGGUGUUAGCCGGAGCUGUCAAUUCCUCGACUGCAGCCAGUCUACUAGAUUACUAUGCUCGGGUCGCUGCACGACCGUACGGAAACGCCUUUUACGACAAUGAUGCCCUGUCAUCCGGAUUCUCAGAGCGCGUGUACGCCUUCAUCUCGUACUUCGAACUGGCUGCCCGUUUCGCCACCAAGGGCGCUGCGUCCUCGGCCUUUGAAGAGAUCAAACGUUUAUAUGGCUGGAUGGCGACUCAUGACCCGAAGAUUACAUUCUGGGAGGGCAUUGGGCCCGGUGGUUCUCCAUACGAGCAGGGCUUUACUUCGAUGGCACACGGCUGGUCCACGGGUAUCGUGUCGCUCAUGAGCAACUAUGUUCUCGGUAUCCAACCCACAGGACCCGGAUUCAAGACCUGGCAGAUCUGUCCUGUCGUGGACGGUGGGAAUCUCACUUGGGCACAAGGGGGAGGUCGGUACGCCGUCUGGUCCGAUUAG